CUGGAGUGCAAGCUGAAAACUCCAUCCUUGCAGUUCAGUUCCUGCAGCGGUCGCUCCUCUGCCUAUUGCUCUCACCGAGACCCCCGAGUCCGCCACCAUACUCCCCACUACGUGCUGCCCUGCGCCUGCAGCCAUGUGCCGCACGCUGACCGCCUUCCCCACUGCCUGCCUGGAGAGAGCCAAAGAGUUCAAGACUCGGCUGGGAAUCUUUCUUCACAAAUCAGAACUGGGCUCCGAUCCUGCGAGCGUUGGCAAGUUCGAGCGGGGCAGUAAACACAGCAAAGAAGGUAGAAACUUCUCAGAAGAUGUGCUCGGGUGGAGAGAAUCGUUCGACUUGCUGCUGAGCAGUAAAAAUGGAGUGGCUGCCUUCCAUGCCUUCCUGAAGACAGAGUUCAGUGAGGAGAACCUGGAGUUCUGGCUAGCUUGCGAGGAGUUCAAGAAGAUCCGGUCAGCUGCCAAGCUGGCUUCCAGGGCUCAGCGGAUCUUUGAGGAGUUCAUUAUCAGCGAAGCCCCUAAAGAGGUGAACAUAGACCAUGAGACCCGGGAGCUGACCAGGACGAACCUGCAGGCCGCCACGGCCACGUGCUUCGAUGUGGCUCAGGGGAAGACACGCACCCUUAUGGAGAAGGACUCCUAUCCUCGCUUCCUCAAAUCGCCUGCCUACCAGGACUUAGCCACCCAAGCUGUGGCUACCUCGGCCUCCCCGUCCAGCUGCAGCGUGGCUGAGCCCUUCCACACCUGAACCUCUUGGCAGUGAGGAAGCCUGCGGGAAGAGGUCGAGUCCCCCAUCCCUGAGGCGGCACCCCUGCGUGGAGGCAGGUUCUGCAAGGACGUGCAAGAGGACAGUGAAGAGCAUGGCAUUCUGGUGGCCUUUGGGAAGCAGCACCUUCUCCAGAUGCAGAGGGACUUGAUUCCAUGCAUUGAAGGGUCCUCACUCCGGGCCCUGUGGGUGGACGAGGACUCACGAUCAGAGUGUGCGGGGCUCUUUGGGAAAGGGAGGUGGUGCAGGAGUUAGCGUGGGCUCUGGGCCUCCCUGGGGCAGGAACGAGUCCAGGAAGGUCAGGGAAAUGUGUGGAUAAAGGGCAACCUGAGGAUGAGAGGCUCUCUCCACAGCCCACGUUCCCAAUUCCCAGAAUUCCCAGACAGUGUGAGCACAGAAGGGGGUGCCCACCUCACCUGCCCCUGGGCUGCCUCAGGUUCCCUUAGCUUGUGCUUUUUAACACUCCCGUGUGUCCAGCCUCGAAGUCUUGUCAGGGCCAGUAAGCUGGUGUGACUCUUGUCCCAAAUGAGACAAAAACUGGCCUUGGAGGCCUUUCGGUUCCAGCCGAGAGUCUCAGAGUGUCACCUGGGAAGUCAGUUUCGGUUCUCUUAGUGACCUGUGUUCACAGUGUAGUCCACCUGUGAGCAGAGCUCCCCAGAGGCCCUGGCUGGGAUGUGUCUUCCCUGCUCCCCAUGGUGGGGGGGGGACCUCGGGGAGUGGCUGACUCAGCUCUCAUGCCCAGCAGCAGGGGUGGGAGGAAAGGGUAUAAGACCCAAUGUCUUCACAGUUCUCCAAGGUCCUGAGAUCAAGCCAAUAAUUUUUUGUGCGUCUGAGAACAGGGACAAUGAGAUGCCUUAGGGUGGACAGGGAGCCUCGUGUUUCUUUCCUGUGAACACGAGAUGCACCACGAGGGUGUUGGGAGAAAUGGGACAGGGACGACGAUGGCCCCUGGACAGGAUGUGGAAACUGGGAGUAUAACUGGGAACAGGCUGCUUGGAAGGUCAGGAUUGGGGGGGUCCUCCCCUGCCUGUCACCGCAGGGCCUUACUGAACAAAUGUGCCACAGUGGGACUCACUGUGCAGCCCCCGGGGGUGCAGGAGCCAGCGGCCCCUGGUGCCCCCCCAGAUGAUCACACUAUGCUCUGCACCCUGAGCCCCUCCAGGAGAAACUUAUUUAAGUGUAGCAUACUGGUUUGUGCUGAUUGUCACAGCAUGUUAUUUUUGUAAUUGUUGUUGGCGUUGCUGUUAUUUAUUAUUGUAAUUUCACUUUGCCUCUACUGGAGAGCCUCGGCAGGGGUUGCAGCCUGACUGUCUCCCUCUCUCCCCCAGACUCUACCUCUGAAUGUGCUGGGAACCUCUUAGAGCCUGUCAGGGACUCCUCACUGUUUAAAUAUUUAUUUAUUGUUGAUAAGUGGAGCUGGUUUCCUAGAUAUGAAUGAUGUAUGCAACUCCUGGUUUUCUGUGAAAGCAUGUUAUAUUCUUGUUAAAUAAAAACAAAACCCGAGUAUGA